GCUCGGGCGGUGCUCUGGAGGUGAUGGGCGUGGACGUGACGCAGAACACGAUUUCUGACCUGCUGAGCAGACAGAUCGCUGAGCAGACAGAUCUGUGACACGGGCGACUCUGCCUUUUGGAGGGGAGAAAGGCGCCCUGUCUGUCUAUAGAGAGGUCUUCCACCCGCUGGUACUUGCUGCCGCACGACGCACACGUAGGCAAAAGGGGAGGAGGGAGAGAUGGACAGACGGAUGUGACUGAUUGCUGCAUGUGAUGCGUGCAGGUGCUCACUCACCACGUCGUUGAGAGACGCUGCAGGCCAGCUGUUUGGGCCGGUGAGGGAGGAGAGGAUGACUGAGCUGCUUGCUGGCACAGCCGCCCCAAUGUGAUGUGCAAGCGGCUCAUGGGCAUCAGGGCGUUCAUGAGUCGCGCGGAGUUGCGAAAGACCAUCGUGCAGGAGAUCACCCAGAGGGCGGGCCUGCAUGCCCUCUUCACACGGCUGUGCGGCCAACGCGCCACACAGGUGAGAUCAGGGGAAGAAGACGAUGACACAGCACACAGUCGCCUGUGGCUAAGUGCAGAGCUGAUCCCUCUCUCUCUCUCUCUCUGUGUGUGUGUGUGUGUGUGUGCAGAGGGAUGUCUCGCUGGUCAGCGUCAAGACUGAGUAUAUCGAGACCGUCCUCCCAGCCACAUCGACGCCUAUGCGAGAGGCCUCAGGAGCCUCACCGGCACGGGCAGCUCGCUGGCCGGGUAUGCCGACAUGACCGCCGCCCAGAUGCGGCGGAUGGAGGAGGAGCUCUCGCGUGUGCGCUGCCCCCCUGCUAUAGAGGAGAGAGCGGCCAGACACCGGCAGCCGCUGCGUGACCCCUCGGUGCGCGAGAGAGUGGAGGGUGGGGUGGUGACACUGGCGGAUGGGAAACGAGUGACGGAGGCUGACCUGGCGCUGAGCGUACACACCUGAUCUCAUCUAGCUGUGAUCGUCUGUCUGAUAGCAUUCUUAUCCAUGUGUGUGGUUCGUGUGUGCACUGUUUUGCGUGUCAUUUGUUGUCUGGUCUGACUGGAGAUGUCUAUUUGUCAGCGCAUCUCUAUGUGAGCGGUGGGAUAGAUAUAAUGAGCGACUGAAGCGAGAGACGGCAUAUAUGUUCGUGAGGCCAUGCGAAUGAAAGACACGAUUUGUCAUGAAUCGG